AUGCGAUUACAUAGAGAAGACUUUGAAAUAUUAAAGGUGAUUGGUCGAGGGGCUUUUGGAGAGGUUGCUGUAGUGAAACUAAAAAAUGCAGAUAAAGUAUUUGCCAUGAAAAUAUUGAAUAAAUGGGAAAUGCUGAAAAGAGCUGAGACAGCAUGUUUUCGUGAAGAAAGGGACGUGUUAGUGAAUGGAGACAAUAAAUGGAUUACAACUUUGCAUUAUGCUUUCCAAGAUGACAAUAACUUAUACCUGGUUAUGGAUUAUUAUGUUGGUGGGGAUUUGCUUACUCUACUAAGCAAAUUUGAAGAUAGAUUGCCUGAAGAUAUGGCUCGAUUUUACUUGGCUGAGAUGGUGAUAGCAAUUGAUUCAGUUCAUCAACUGCAUUAUGUACACAGGGACAUCAAACCUGACAAUAUAUUGAUGGAUAUGAAUGGACAUAUUCGGUUAGCAGAUUUUGGUUCAUGUCUGAAGCUGAUGGAAGAUGGAACGGUACAGUCCUCAGUGGCUGUUGGAACUCCAGAUUAUAUCUCUCCUGAAAUCCUUCAAGCCAUGGAAGAUGGAAAAGGCAGAUAUGGACCUGAGUGUGACUGGUGGUCUUUGGGGGUCUGUAUGUAUGAAAUGCUUUAUGGAGAAACACCAUUUUAUGCAGAAUCUCUGGUGGAAACAUACGGAAAAAUCAUGAAUCACAAAGAGAGGUUUCAGUUUCCAGCUCAAGUGGCUGAUGUCUCUGAAAAUGCUAAGGAUCUUAUUCGAAGGCUCAUUUGUAGCAGAGAACAUCGACUUGGUCAAAAUGGAAUAGAAGACUUUAAGAAGCACCCAUUUUUCAGUGGAAUUGAUUGGGAUAAUAUUCGAAACUGUGAAGCACCUUACAUUCCAGAAGUUAGUAGCCCAACAGAUACAUCAAAUUUUGAUGUGGAUGAUGAUUGUUUAAAGAAUUCUGAAACAAUGCCCCCACCAACACAUACUGCAUUUUCUGGUCACCAUCUGCCAUUUGUUGGUUUUACAUAUACUAGUAGCUGUGUUCUGUCUGAUCGGAGCUGUUUAAGAGUUACAGCUGGUCCCGCUCCGCUGGAUCUCGAUGUUAAUGUUCAGAGAACUCUAGAUAACAACUUAGCAACCGAAGCUUAUGAAAGAAGAAUUAAACGCCUUGAACAGGAAAAACUUGAACUUAGUAGAAAGCUUCAAGAGUCAACACAGACUGUCCAGGCUCUGCAGUAUUCAACUGCUGAUGGUCCCCUAACAGCAAGUAAAGAUUCAGAAAUCAAAAACUUAAAAGAAGAAAUUGAAAAACUAAGGAAACAACUAAGAGAAUCAAGUCACUUGGAACAGCAACUUGAAGAAGCUAAUUCUGUGAGGCGAGAACUAGAUGAUGCUUUUAGACAAAUCAAGGCUUAUGAAAAACAAAUCAAAACAUUACAGCAAGAAAGGGAAGAAUUAAAUAAGGAACUAGUCCAGGCUAGUGAGCGAUUAAAAAACCAAUCCAAAGAGCUGAAAGACGCACACUGUCAGAGGAAACUGGCCAUGCAGGAAUUCAUGGAGAUCAAUGAGCGGCUAACAGAAUUGCACACCCAAAAACAGAAACUUGCUCGCCAUGUCCGAGAUAAGGAAGAAGAGGUGGACCUGGUGAUGCAAAAAGUUGAAAGCUUAAGGCAAGAACUGCGCAGAACAGAAAGAGCCAAAAAAGAGCUGGAAGUUCGUACAGAAGCUGUAGCUGCUGAAGCAUCUAAAGACAGGAAAUUGCGCGAACAGAGCGAGCUUUAUUCUAAGCAACUGCAAAAUGAAUUAGAGGGACUGAAGCAAAAACAAAUUAGUUACUCACCAGGAGUAUGCAGCAUAGAACAUCAGCAAGAAAUAACCAAACUAAAGACUGAUUUGGAAAAGAAAAGUAUCUUUUAUGAAGAAGAAUUGUCCAAGAGAGAAGGAAUACAUGCAAAUGAAAUUAAAAAUCUGAAGAAAGAACUACAUGAUUCAGAAGGCCAGCAGCUUGCUCUCAACAAAGAAAUUAUGAUUUUGAAAGACAAAUUGGAAAAAAACAGGAGAGAGAGUCAAAGUGAAAGGGAAGAAUUUGAAAAUGAGUUCAAACAACAGUAUGAACGAGAAAAAGUGUUACUAAUGGAAGAAAACAAAAAACUGACAAGUGAGCUUGAUAAGCUUACCACUUUGUAUGAGAACUUAAGUACAUGCAACCAGCAGUUAGAAGAAGAGGUAAAAGAUCUAGCAGACAAGAAGGAAUCCGUUGCACAUUGGGAAGCUCAAAUCACAGAAGUAAUUCAGUGGGUCAGUGAUGAAAAGGAUGCACGAGGAUAUCUUCAGGCCUUAGCUUCUAAAAUGACUGAAGAAUUGGAAGCUUUAAGAAACUCCAGCUUGGGUACCCGAGCAACAGAUAUGCCCUGGAAAAUGCGUCGUUUUGCAAAACUGGAUAUGUCAGCUAGACUGGAGUUGCAGUCAGCUCUGGAUGCAGAAAUAAGAGCUAAGCAGGCCAUCCAAGAAGAGCUGAAUAAAGUUAAAGCGUCUAACAUCAUAACAGAAUGUAAACUAAAAGAUUCAGAGAAGAAGAACUUGGAACUGCUAUCAGAAAUUGAACAACUGAUAAAGGACACUGAAGAGCUUAGAUCUGAAAAGGGUAUAGAGCACCAAGACUCACAGCAUUCUUUCUUGGCAUUUUUGAAUACGCCUACCGAUGCUCUGGAUCAAUUUGAAACUGAUCCCGUUGAGAACACAUAUGUACGGAAUCCGAACGUCAAGUUUUACAUCCAGUCAAGGUCCACAUCUCCUUCCACAUCUAGUGAAGCUGAGCCAGUUAAGACUGUAGACUAUACUCCACUUCCAGUUCACACACCAACCUUAAAGAAAAAGGGAUGCCCUGGUUCAACUGGCUUUCCACCUAAGCGCAAGACUCAUCAGUUUUUUGUCAAAUCUUUUACUACUCCUACCAAAUGUCAUCAGUGUACCUCCUUGAUGGUGGGCUUGAUAAGACAAGGCUGUUCCUGUGAAGUGUGUGGAUUUUCAUGUCACAUAACUUGUGUAAACAAAGCUCCAACUGCUUGUCCAGUUCCUCCUGAACAGACAAAAGGUCCCCUGGGUAUAGAUCCACAGAAAGGAAUAGGAACAGCAUAUGAAGGGCAUGUCAGGAUCCCUAAGCCAGCUGGAGUGAAGAAAGGAUGGCAGAGAGCACUGGCUGUAGUUUGUGAUUUCAAACUCUUUCUGUAUGAUAUUGCUGAAGGAAAAGCUUCUCAGCCCAGUGUCGUAGUCAGUCAGGUGAUUGACAUGAGGGAUGAAGAAUUUUCUGUGAGUUCAGUCUUGGCUUCUGAUGUUAUUCAUGCGAGUCGAAAAGACAUACCCUGUAUAUUUAGAGUCACAGCUUCCCAGCUCUCAGCGUCUAAUAACAAAUGUUCAAUCCUGAUGCUAGCAGAUAGUGAGAAUGAGAAGAGUAAAUGGGUGGGAGUGCUGAGUGAAUUGUACAAGAUUUUGAAGAAAAACAAAUUCAGAGACCGCUCAGUGUAUGUUCCGAAAGAGGCUUAUGACAGCACUCUUCCCCUCAUUAAAACGACCCAGGCAGCUGCAAUCAUAGAUCAUGAAAGAAUAGCUUUGGGGAAUGAAGAAGGGUUAUUUGUUGUGCAUGUCACCAAAGAUGAAAUUAUUAGAGUUGGUGACAAUAAGAAGAUUCAUCAGAUUGAACUCAUUCCAAAUGAUCAGCUUGUUGCUGUGAUCUCAGGACGAAAUCGUCAUGUACGACUUUUUCCUAUGUCAGCUUUGGAUGGGCGAGAGACUGAUUUUUAUAAAUUGGCAGAAACUAAAGGGUGUCAAACCAUAACUUCUGGAAAAGUACGUCAUGGAGCUCUUACAUGCCUGUGUGUGGCUAUGAAAAGGCAGGUCCUCUGUUAUGAACUAUUUCAGAGCAAGACCCGUCACAGAAAAUUUAAGGAAAUUCAAGUCCCGUAUAAUGUCCAGUGGAUGGCAAUCUUCAGUGAACAACUCUGUGUGGGAUUCCAGUCUGGAUUUCUAAGAUACCCCCUGAAUGGAGAAGGAAGUCCAUACAGUAUGCUUCAUUCAAAUGACCAUACACUCUCAUUUAUUGCACAUCAACCAAUGGAUGCCAUCUGUGCAGUUGAAAUCUCCAGUAAAGAAUAUCUGCUGUGUUUUAACAGCAUUGGGAUAUAUACUGACUGUCAGGGCCGAAGAUCUAGGCAACAGGAAUUGAUGUGGCCAGCAAAUCCUUCCUCUUGUUGUUACAAUGCACCAUAUCUCUCAGUGUAUAGUGAAAAUGCAGUUGAUAUCUUUGAUGUGAACUCCAUGGAAUGGAUUCAGACUCUCCCACUCAAAAAGGUUCGACCAUUAAACAGUGAAGGAUCAUUAAAUCUUUUAGGGUUGGAGACGAUUAGAUUAAUAUAUUUCAAAAAUAAGAUGGCAGAAGGGGAUGAACUGGUAGUUCCUGAAACAUCAGAUAAUAGUCGGAAACAAAUGGUUAGAAAUAUUAACAAUAAGAGGCGUUAUUCCUUCAGAGUUCCAGAAGAGGAAAGGAUGCAACAAAGGAGGGAGAUGCUGCGAGAUCCAGAAAUGAGAAAUAAAUUAAUUUCCAACCCAACUAAUUUUAACCACAUAGCACACAUGGGUCCAGGAGAUGGAAUACAGAUUCUAAAAGACCUGCCCAUGAACCCUCGGCCUCAGGAAAGUCGGACAGCAUUCAGUGGCUCGGUCAGUAUUCCAUCUAUCACCAAAUCCCGCCCUGAACCUGGUCGCUCCAUGAGUGCCAGCAGUGGCCUGUCAGCAAGGUCAUCUGCACAGAACGGCAGUGCAUUAAAGAGAGAAUUCUCUGGAGGAAGCUACAGUGCAAAGCGGCAGCCCAUGCCCUCUCCGUCAGAGGGCUCACUGUCCUCGGGAGGCCUGGACCAAGGAAGUGACGCCCCGGCGAGGGACUACGACGCAGAGGACUCUGAUUCUCCGAGGCAUUCCACGGCUUCCAACAGUUCCAACCUGAGCAGCCCUCCCAGCCCGGUGUCGCCCCGGAAGACCAAGAGCCUCUCCCUGGAGAGCACCGACCGCGGGAGCUGGGACCCAUGAGUGGCCUCUGCUCUCAGACCAGAUGCCGGAGCAGCGGCCGCUCUGGGCUCCCUCCCCUCACUCACCCUGUGCUCUCACUGUCAUCUCCCACCACCCCUGCCUGGAAGCGCCAGGGCCGCAGCAGUAGCAGGCGGGGACUCAGGAAUUCUGCCUCUAGGACUCACAUCCACGCGCCCCUCGACUGAACAGCAACAGCCGUAAAGGCAGACUUUCAUUGAGCAGCUCAGAUUAAUACCGAUUUCAUUUCAUACACUUAGUGUUGCUUUCCAGAAUAUUUCACCCCUCCCCUGAAAGGUAGCUUAAGUAGGCAGAUUACACAAAUGUAAGCGAUAAGAAUAAGAUUAGACAGCCAUUGUUUUCACAGUAGAGCCUCGUUGUAGCCCUGAGAGAGCAUGUGGGGCUCGCCAGUGGGCCCCGGGCACACCAUGCCCCUUCAGCACCACAGUGAAUGUCGACCUGAUCGUUGCCAGUAAAUCCCUGUUCACUAAAACGAUGCAUAUUUUACUACAAAAUAAGAGUUUAACUAAAUACACAAAUGUAGAGGUUAAAUACUGACUGUAUAUAAUAAAAAGAAGCAUCUUGUAUUCAACAAAAGAUGGAUGCAUAUAUGAGACAGAGAUCAUUUAAUUUAAA